GUAACAAAGCAGAAGACAGGUAAAUGAUACAAUUAUAAAAGGUGAGAUAUUACAUCUCUGGAGUCGCCAGUUUGACUUGUCCAGAACGUUGUGCAGUGAAGAGUUGUGGCUGUUGGUGAAGUCAACAUGAGUCUGCUAAUACGAUCAGCAGUGCUGCUACACCUGGUUCUCUUAGUCAGAGAGACACUUACACAGAGAAUCAUCGGAGGCCAGGAGGUCCAGCCAUACUCCAUCAAGUACCAAGCAUCCAUCCAGUACAACCGGGAGCAUUACUGUGGAGGCACCCUGAUCCAGCCACAGUGGGUGGUGUCUGCUGCCCACUGCUGGAGACCGGCCCAGUUGAUCCAGGUGGUCUUGAGUGAGCACAGCUUGGAAGUGAAUGAAGGCUUUGAGCAGGUGAUCAAUGUCUCCAAGAUCAUCGUUCACAACAGCUACAACUACAAGACCUUCAACAAUGACAUCAUGCUCAUUAAGCUCAGCGAUCCGGCCCAUCUCAAUGCUAAUGUUCAACCUGCCCCGGUGGCGGAUGGGAACACGCCUGCUCUCCAAGCCGCCACCACCUGCACUGUGAGCGGCUGGGGUGUCACCCGUCUCUACAACUACUACCUGUCCCCUGUGCUGCGUUCUGUGAACGUGCAGAUCAUACCUCGCUGUGAAUACUACUACUCCGGGAAGAUCACAGACAACAUGAUAUGUGCUGGGUCUCGCCUCGGUGGCAAGGACUCCUGUCAGGGCGACUCGGGAGGGCCCCUUAUCUGCAAUGGAAACUUGGAAGGCAUCGUCUCCUGGGGUAUUGGCUGUGCCAACCCUUACUUCCCAGGUGUCUACACUAAAGUGAGAAACUAUAACAUCUGGAUGGACUGGGUCAUAAGCAAUGACAACAGCAACUGAAUGAAAACAAUGGAACCGGGAAAAGAUGCUACCACAGGGGAGAGAAUUGUCCCGGAAUGAAUUUUAACCAAGGAGAUAAAUACUGUCUAAAACGCCAUAAGGGAAAAUAAUAGAGUAGAGUAUGAAACCCCUGCUUGUCAAAGUUUGAAACCAUACGAGCCAGAGCCGUGGCAUCACGAUAGGCCUGCUGAGAGGGUGCCCCAGAAGCAGCAGUAUGAAAUAGCACAUACUGCAGAUCCUGUGACGUUCCUGGAACAGAACUAUCAUACACAUUUGGUUAACCGUGAUUGCACUGGUUUUAUUAUUACUAAUUUUGGCAAUUCAGAACACUGACUGAAUUAUAUCUGUACAGAUACCCCAUGUAAGCAUUGUCCCAUGGUCAGUCAGUGUGUUAGCUUUGUUGGGAGAGAUGGAUGAUUUUUAACCUUGUAUUAAACCUAUAUG